AUGGUGUCCCUCCAGUGUGUGUCCAGGUCCAGUCCCACAGACGGUCCUCCCCACUCCGUCAGUGAUUGGCUGAGUCUGGGCCAAUCAUCUCCAGCUGGACACAUCCUCAGAGCGCACAGAGGAACACGGUCGAUUGUUGACCACCUCACCUUGCUUCAAGUAUUAAAGUUUCCUGUGCUGUCUGGUGUUGUUGCCACUAUGCGCGAGUACAAGUUGGUGGUUCUGGGGUCCGGAGGAGUGGGCAAAUCUGCACUGACAGUCCAGUUUGUGCAAGGCAUUUUUGUGGAGAAGUAUGACCCUACAAUAGAAGACUCUUACAGAAAGCAAGUUGAAGUCGAUGGACAGCAGUGUAUGCUUGAAAUCUUGGACACAGCCGGAACCGAGCAGUUUACGGCGAUGAGGGACCUGUACAUGAAGAAUGGCCAAGGCUUUGCUCUGGUUUAUUCCAUCACAGCACAGUCGACAUUCAACGACCUCCAGGACCUACGGGAACAGAUUCUGCGAGUAAAAGACACAGAGGAUGUUCCGAUGAUCCUGGUGGGGAACAAGUGUGACCUGGAGGAUGAGCGUGUGGUGGGGAAGGAGCAGGGGCAGAAUCUGGCCCGUCAGUGGAGCAACUGUGCCUUUUUAGAGACUUCAGCUAAAUCAAAGAUCAAUGUAAAUGAGAUUUUCUACGACCUGGACAGAAACUAUUUCCCAGUGGACUGUGCCAGUGUAUUCUCUCCAGAACAUAUUUGA